CUCAUGGCUAUAGACUCCUCUGCUUUUAAUACGGCAGACAACGUGAACUGAACUUGGAAUUAGUGUCAAAGUAAAUUAUAUAGGAGGUAUGUGUGCAAGUAUAGCUAACCUUUCCCCAAUGAACUUACUGUCUUUGACUUUGCAAUGACUUAUGAAAUAAGAACAAUUUGUUGACCUCUCAAUCAAUUGCACCCAAGUAAAAGGAUUACAAUGGUAAAAAAUUUUGAAUUUAAAUUAGUUGAUUUUUUUUUUACAGCGAUGGGUGGAGAGAAUGGUAAUAUACAGGAAAUUGAAAAAUCGAUUUUUAAAAUCAAUUUAAAGUACCAUCGGAACAACAUUUAAACUAUUGUAAGGCCUGAUUACAUGAAUGAAAUGAAAGAUGAACAAGUAAUUAAAGAUGAUGAUGAGAUAUCUCAACUCAUGAAUAAGUUGAAAAAGUUUCAAGCCAUACUAGAAGAAUCAGAUUUCUUUAAAGAAACGAAAGAAAUCAUCAGAAAUGAGAAAUUCACAUACAUAAGAUGCUUAGCAUUAGGAUCACCAUCAAGUAUGAAAACUCCUUUAUUCCAACUUGCUUAUGUUAUAAUUAUUUUAAAUGAACUUGAAAUUGAGUUUAAGAAUUUAUCAUUUUAUGAUCCUGUCUUCACUUCAGUUGAUGAGGAUUUGCUUGUCACUCAAUUAGGUGCUACCAUAGAUAAAGAAAUCCCUACUCACUUUGAAGCUAAUAGUACAUUAUACUUCUUACCACAUGCUCCAAUAGAGUUAAUGAAUACAUUAUUAGAUAGUAUACGACCUCAUUAUCUUCUUUGUAAUGAUGUCGUCUCUCAUACAGAUGGUUAUACCAAGUUGAAAUUAUUUGAAAAAUAUCCCAAGGUUAGUGCUUUAUUAAAUGUAACCAAUCAAGAUCAGAAAGUUAAACCAGACGAAGAACCAUUCGUAGUACCGAAAUCUAGAAAUAAGAAAAAGAAAGGUCAAUUCAUAGAGCCAGUAAUAGAUUACACAACGGUUGAUGUUUAUUUCAAAUCUUGUAGAAUCAUUAGACUUAAUCAUGCAAACAAAGAUCAAAAUUGGGGAACAGCAUUUUCUGAUUUAUCAUACCACAUAAUUACAGAUAAAGAAUCACCUAUAGAUACAUAGAUAAAGAAUAUAUAUAUUACAAACUAAGUCUAA